AUGUUCAGUAGACUGCUGUAUAGUUAUUCUAAUAAAAUGGCAAUCAUCGAACAAUUAAGUGACGUUUGGAAACAAUUUAUAUCAUUUGAAUCCAUUUCGGAAUUAUGGAAAAAUCAGCCAACAUAUUUAUUAGUCCAGAUGUUAUUUAUUAUGGGAGGAGCAGUAACACUUAUACACGCACUUACUAAUGGAGGAAGACGUCCUCUACUUUGGUUAUGCAUAAUAUGUCAUGGUUUGGUUAUUGAGAGUAUAUGUUAUAUUAUGCCUGAUAUAGACAAUUUUUGGCAUAGUACUGCACCAGUUAUGUUUUUCCGACAUAGGCUUCCGUUGUACGUCAUAAUCUUAUAUUCAGUUUUUUAUUACAUAGCAAUUGAAAUAGCGUACAGGACGAACAAAACAAAAGUAGGAUUUAUAGUUACUGUAGGAUUAAAUGUAUUUUUGAUUGAUUUACCAUAUGAUAUAAUGGGUAUAAAAUUUGUUCAUUGGACUUGGCAUGAUACAGACCCAAACAUAGAGGACCGAAUGUAUUGGGUACCAUGGACUUCUUAUUAUUUUCAUAUGGUGUUUUCUGCAAGUUUUGUUUUUUGGUUUUUCAUAAAAGGUGUUAAUCUUGACCAAACAUAUACAUUCAGAACAGAGAUUAUAACUUCUCUAAAAGCAAUAUUCCUUAGUACACCUUGCGGAAUAUUAUGCUUUUCUGUACUGUAUCACCCAUUACAUGAUCUGUAUGAUGUCCCAACACAAACAAUAACAGUGUUUUUAAUAUCAUUAUACAUCAUGUUGUCUAUUUUUAAACGCAAACCUAGAAAAAUGUUUCACCGUCCAUAUACUAUGAUUUUGUAUCUUACUGUGUACUACUCUACAUUUUUGUGUUUCGCAAUAUGGGGUAAACCAGAAAAUGAAAUUUCAAUUGGACCUCAUGAAGAAAUUGGUCCAUGCAAUGUUACUGUAUCAUCUUUUGGAACAGAAUUAAAAAAACGUAAAUAUUUAUGUAUUGAAGACUAUAAUGAAGAUUUUGAUUUCCAUUGUGUGAAUGAUGUUCCUCCUCAACAUAGCCUAAUGUAUACAAUAUGUGGAACACCUUUUAAGAAUCGGAUUGAAUAUAUAAUUUUAAUAAUCACAAUCAUUAUAGUAUCAUUUACACAUUUCAAUGAAUCAUUUAAAAUAAUAAAACAAACUAAAAAAUCUCAUUGA